AUGUUCUCCAGGACACUCGCAACCACCACCCGCCGGGUCAUCGCCUCGUCUGCGCCCCGUGCCGCCCUGAGGCAGUCUGUCGCGCCCGCUGCCGGGCCUUCCGUCGCCGCCCGUCGCUCCUACCACGAGAAGGUCCUCGACCACUACAACAAGCCGCGGAAUGUCGGAUCCAUGCUCAAGACCGACGCGGACGUCGGCACAGGCCUCGUCGGCGCCCCGGCGUGCGGCGACGUCAUGAAGCUCCAGAUCCGCGUCGACCCGUCGAACAACACCAUCUCCGACGUCAAGUUCAAGACUUUCGGCUGCGGCAGCGCCAUCGCCAGCUCCAGCUACCUCACCGAGCUCGUCCGCGGCAUGACCCUUGACGAGGCUGGCAAGAUCAAGAACACCGAGAUUGCCAAGGAGCUGUGCCUGCCUCCUGUGAAGCUCCACUGCUCCAUGUUGGCCGAGGACGCCAUCAAGUCUGCCAUCUCCAACUACUACACCAAGAACCCGCACGCCAAGAAGACAAACCUCGCCGGCACCGAGGCUAAGCUGCCGACCGCCGAGGCCGCCACUGCCUAA